UCCUCUGGUAUCCCCGCGGGCUUUGGAGCUGUCAGUCCAGCAGAGUGGGCAGCUUGUCCUGGGUCUGGGGCCUGGGUGCGAGCCAGAGCAGGGAGCAGGAAGGAGCGCAGCAUGGGCCCCGAGUUCCUCCCCAGCAGGCCCCCUCAGAAUUCAGCGACCUUUAAGGAUGUGGCCGUGGACUUCACCUGGGAGGAGUGGGGCUACCUGGACACCUCCCAGAAGGAGCUUUACUGGGAGGUGAUGCUGGAGAACUACAGGAACCUGGUCAGCCUGAGCCUUGCAGAUUCCAACAAGGAUGUGAUUACUCAGCUGGAGUUAGGAGAAACACAUGGGAUUCCAACAGGUAGUGUCCUAAGAGUCAUCUGGCCAGAUUGGGAUACCAGGCCUCAGACCAAGGAGUCAUCUCCAGAGAUGGGUAUUCCUGUGGAAGACUUAGCCCAGCAAACACCCUCAUGGGAUGACCCAUGCAUCUCCAAGAUGGGAAGAGCCUGGGAGUAUUAUGGCAGGUUAAAGAGAGAGCAGAGCAAUGAGGAGUACUCUAGACAAGCAGACGUAACCCCAACAGAGUCUCCCAAUGAAGGGAGAGGCUCUGAGCACAGUAAAUAUGGCCCAGUGCUUUCUCCACAGCAGGGAGCAUCUGUAGUACUGAAUCUCCAUUCAGGUGAUAAUCAGAGGAGGAACUUAACCGUGGAGUCAGACCAAGGACAGUGUAACCAAGUGUAUUCACAGAAGAAAGAUGCUGAGGUUCACGAAUGUCAGGAAACCUUCAGUUAUGAUUUUGAUGACAUUAAAAAAUAUGGGAUUCAUGCUGAAGAGAAAUACCAUGAAAGUGGGAAUUCUUUCCUUCUGAAUAAUGAACUUAGUCUAUACCAGAGAACUGAUACAGAAAGAAAGUGUUCUGAGUUGACUAAAUAUGAGAAGACAUCCUGUCAGAAGGCAGAUCUGAUUCACCACUCUAGUGUUCAGAGUCAAAACAAAUAUUAUAAAUGCAGUGAAUGUGGAAAGGCCUUCCCGCAGAAGAUAAAACUUGUACAACAUUACAGAAUUCAUACUGGAGAGAAGCCUUUCAAAUGUAGUGAAUGUGGAAAGGCCUUCCGCCAAAAGGCACAUCUCAUACGACAUUGUAGGAUUCAUACUGGAGAGAAACCUUUUAAAUGCAGUGAUUGUGGGAAAGCCUUUCCCUGGAGCACAGCACUGACUCUACAUCAGAGAAUUCACACUGGAGAGAAAUCCUAUGAAUGCAAGGAAUGUGGGAAGACAUUUACAUCACACAGUAACCUUUCUCUGCACAGGAGAAUUCAUAAAGGAAUAAAACUUCAUGAAUGCGGUGUUUGUGGGAAGGCUUUCUCUCAGAAGUUCAUUCUCACUCAUCACAGUAUUAUUCAUAGUGGAGAGAAACCCUAUGAAUGCAAUGAAUGUGGAAAGGCAUUCCCAACAAACUCUAAACUUUCUGUGCACCAGAGAAUUCAUACAGGAAUAAAGCCUUAUGAAUGCAGUGUUUGUGGGAAGGCAUUCUCUCAGAAGUCUGAUCUUACUCGUCAUGUUAGCGUUCAUACUAAAGAAAAAUCGUAUGAAUGCAGUGAAUGUGGAAAGGCCUUCACUAGGGGUGCAGGUUUUUCAUCCCAUAAGAGAAUACAUUCCAGACAGAAAUCUUAUGAAUGUAGUUAAUGUGGGAAAGCAUUCGCCCAGAUCACAGCACUUCCUCAACAUUCUAGAAUUCGUGAUGGAGAGAAACCUUACUAAUAUAAUCGUUGAAGCAAUACGUUUCUCUGGAAGAGACUUUUUGAUAAAUGUACUUAUUGGAAAAGAUCCAAGAAAUAUAGUGCAUGUGGAAAGCCCUUCCAUUUGUGAUGGUGAACUACUUUUCCUCAAUGUAGGGAGUCACUGACUGUCCAUAGAAAUGAGGCAUAUACUUUCACAAGUUAACCAAUGUGUUGCCUUCUUUUCCUUGACAAGGUUCAGUUGAUACAGGAGAGCUCUUUAUUAGGGAGGGGAGAGUCAGUGGUGAGUGGCAAUAAUGUGUCCAAAAAGUAAAGGGACCCUCAGUAGAACAAAUACCGUAGGCUUUCAGCCAAAGCACACAGUUUCCUGAAUAUCUUGCUUCCAACAUGAAAGAUAGAAAGAUGUAGGGGAGGCAAUAGUAUAGUUAGGUAGGGAUGAUUAGAACAGUUUACUGGCUGCUUGAGUGGUUAUGCUCAAUGCCUUUAGGGAUUUUUGCUUAGACCUAGUCCAUUGAAUGUUUUUAUCAGUCUUGAGAUAAUAUAUGUAAAACGCUCCGAUUUUUUUUUUGUUUUACAUAGUAUUUUAUUUUUUCCCAAUUACAUGUAAA